UUUACAGGAAAGGCGGGUAGCAGUUUGUUUUCUUUUAACAAGACUCAGCUGAUCUUCUUGGGAACAGAAGAUUUUUGGAUUUGUCAACAAUGUCAGCCAAGGAGAUUAUUCAGCAAAGGAGAAAACAAUUAACUGAAAUCAUUCAGAAGGACCUAGCACGGGUUUUAGAUGACUUGCUGUCCAGGUCUGUCAUCACAGAGGAAGAAUAUGAAGACUUGGACAAAAUGGAGGAAGAUGCCACAGCCACAAAGAAAAGUGAGAAACUGCUGCUUCUGGUACAGAACAAGGGGGAAAGCGCCUGCUGCCAGUUCCUGGAGUGGGUGGAAAUUGCAUAUCCGGGUUCGAAGCAGGCUCUGCAGAGUUCAGGUCAGGACCAAAAGGCACUGCAGAUGGGGGAGCUGCAGUCAGAAUCCAGCCCAGGAGGCUCAAGUCAGGAGCAAGAAGAUGAAGUUUGGCAAGGACCAGCGCAAGAGGGGAGACACCCUGCCAGAGAGAGAAGUGAAGCAGUUGAAGACAUUCUUUGCAAACUAAAGUUAAAUGAGCAUAAAAGCAAGAAACUCUCUCUACAACAAGUCCUGGAAAUCAGUUCAGAAAGCCUAAAGGAAAGCACCCCUCAGACACUAGAAGACUUGCCUUGGCAUUUUCUGAAGAAGGUCUUGGCUCUGGAUGUGACAGCCAGGAACACAACCCUUGGAAAGCGGACACCUGAUGAACCAGAAAUGAGAGGGGAGGAGGGAGAGAUGUCUGAAGAAAAUCUAUUUAGUCAAAUGGCUUCAAGGGUUUCCUUAAACCCCCUUGAUGUUCUUUGUGCUGUUCUGAUGUGUUCGGACAGUUCCCUCCAACAAUGGAUCUUCUCCAAAAUGUCCAUGUGCCAGUUUGCUCUGCCUUUGCUUCUGCCUCCCUUGGAGACUCCCAAGUGCACCCUGAUGCUCUGGGCCAUGAGAGACAUUGUGAAAAGAUGGAGGCCUCAUUCCCUGGCUGAAAGCAGAGGCUUCAGAGAGGAGAGCCUGGUGAUGACCUCCAUGCCCACCAUUUCCUUUGUCCGGAUGGGCAGCUGCAGCCUCUCCAAGUCCAAACUCCUCAAUGAGCUUCUUAGCCAUUCCCAACAACACCACGAUUUCUUCAUACACCGAGACAUGAAGUGUGGGAAUGUCCCACAUGAAAUUGCUGAUGGAAUGAUAGAGAUGGCUUGGUAUUUCCCAGGGGGGCAAGGCGGGCUGGAUCUCUUCCCAGAGCCAGUAGCCAUAGCAAAUCUCCGUGGGGAUGUUGAGUCACACUGGGUGCAGUUUAGCUUUUUAACACAGGUCUCCUCAGCUGUGUUUAUAUUGGCUGAAUGCAUCAAUGAGAGAGAAUUUGCCCUCUUGUCAUCACUGAAGGAGUCAUCAACGGAGUACUAUUUCAUCUUGGACCAUCAGAGUAGAAAGUUCAAUGAAACUUUGGAUUUCUUAAACCAACUGGCUCCUGUGCUUGAUCUGAAAAAUUCGCAAGUACUUGUGAAAGCUGCCAAGACCAAUAAAGCAGACUUUGUGGAGAAUCUACAAUCUACUGUUGGAAGAAUAAUCAAAUCUCACCCAAAGAGUAUGAAUCUAGAAGAGAUGUCUGCUGUGGCCCAAGGGCUUACAAUCCAGGUGGAUGAGGACUGCAGAGAAUACUGGAAUGCAUUCAGGUGUGCUGGAGAAGUCAUCGAAAAAGUAAAGAACACGGCAGCUUACAAAAAAGGAGCCCUGAUACUCCAAGGUGAUAUCCAGAAAAAACUGGCAGAUGUGGAGAAGGAACUGUGCAGAAUGGAAAGGCAAGGGGACAUACCUUCAGAACAUUAUAGAUGGGAACUGAAAGGCAAAUGGAUGGCUCUGAAGAAACAGCAGAAUAGAUGUAAACUCUACAUUGAUUCUGAAAAAUUUAUCAGUGGCAUCAAAAAUCUGAAGUUGGUAGAGAGGCACUACUUCUUUAAACUGAUAAAACUUAAUUCGGAUCACAUUGUUAGGGAGAGUCUCUCUAUGUUACGGGCAGAGUACAAAGAGAAAUGCAAGGCUGGAGGAGACGAUGGCCAGGAGACUGCAGCCGCGCUAGACAUGCUAUCUCCCUCUACUUUUGGAAUUGAGCAUCUAAUGCGGACACUGGGGGAAUACUAUCAGGCAGAAUAUUCAAAGGUUGCAGAAGGCAAGCUAGAAAAAAACAAAUGUAGGUUGGUUAAUUUUCCAAGCAUCGCAGCUGACCUGAUGCUGGAAGGGUUUCCUCUAGAGCUGAUUGGAGAUGCAUCAAAUGUGCCUGUGCAGUGGAUAACUGAUGUUCUGAUGGAGCUCCAUAGAAAACUAGGAGGCCGUUCCAAAGUGGUGGUGAUCACUGUGCUGGGGGUGCAGGGCACUGGGAAGUCCACCCUCCUCAACACCAUGUUUGGGCUGCAGUUUGCCGUCAGCAGUGGCCGAUGUACACGAGGCGCCUUCAUGACGCUUCUUAAUGUCAGAGAAAACAUGACUCAGGAACUUGGCUGUGAUCACAUCCUGGUAAUAGAUACAGAAGGACUCAAAGUGCCUGAACUGGCACAACUGGAUUACAGCUACCGACACAACAAUGAGCUGGCCACUCUAGUGAUUGGUCUGAGCGAUAUUACAAUAGUGAACAUGACCAUGGAAAAUGCCACUGAAAUGAAGGACGUACUACAAAUUGUGACCCAUGCCUUCCUCAGGAUGCAGAGGAUUGGACAAAAACCCAACUGCCAGUUUGUUCAUCAGAAUGUCAGUGAUGUCUCUGCUCAUGACCAAAACAUGAGGGACAGGGAACAUCUUUUGGAACAACUCAAUGAAAUGACCCAGGCUGCAGCAAAAAUGGAGAACGUUGGUAGUGAGAUCAAGUUUUCGGACGUCAUGGACUAUGACUCAGAAAUGCACAACUGGUACAUCCCAGGUCUAUGGCAUGGCGUCCUACCUAUGGCUGAAGUCAACAGGGGCUACAGUGAAAAGGUCUUUGAGUUCAAGAAGUACCUAUUUGAAUGCAUAAGGAACCGUUUAAAUAGGAAGUCUCCCAAGGACAUUCCUCAGUUUAUUGAGUGGGUCAGGAAGCUGUGGGAUGCUGUGAAACAUGAAAAUUUCAUCUUUAGCUUCCAAAACAGCCUCAUAGCACAAGCCUAUAUGAAACUUUCCACAAAAUAUUUUGAAUGGGACUCAGAUUUCCGCAAAGAGAUGCAUGUUUGGGUCUCUGAGCAGGAAACUGCGAUACAAAAUGUUUCCAAUGAGGAACUUGAUCACAGCAGGUGGCGAUGUGAACUUCAAGAUAAGUUAUGUGCUGGAGAACAGAGGAUUUUGGAAUUUUUAGAACACUACUUUGAAAGCUGCACGGCAAAUGUGCAUCUGGUAGAAAAGUACAGAGAAGAUUUUGUCAAGAAUGCCAACACCCUCAGGUGUGAACUUGAGAGUUCUUCUUAUAACAAACUGUGGGCUUCCAUUCAACUUAAAAAGCGUUGGCACAAGAUUGAUUCUAUCCAAGUUGGAUUCUUGAAAAUAAUUGAAGGAAAAUUUGAUUGGCUUCUUGAGGAGUGUAAGAAAAGGUCACACAGAUUAGAUAAUCAAAAGUUAAAAUUUGAGUUUGAGCAAAUGUGGGCAAAGAUGCUGUCAGAAAUAUCACCCAUUCGCUUAGAGAAACGUGAAAUAUAUGCAGAUGUUGAGACAAAACUAAGAAAAGAUUUGUUCUCCCGUGGGAGGCUAAUCAUACCCAAAUUACUAGGGGGGAAAGGUUUCUUAAGCUUCAGAAUAAACAAUUUCCAAAUGAAAAAAGACUAUUUACAGUCAUCAUGGUGGAGGCAAGUGACACUGAUACCUCCUGAAAAGGAGCAUUUGAGUAAUGUAGAAGAACUUUCCAAAUCCUUGAUGGCCAAAUGCAUGUCCUACAUUGACUCAAAAUUCAGUUUCAAAGGAGAUUAUGAGGAAACUUACUGUGUGGAGCUUUUGCACAUGAUCAACGAGAGGCUUCAGCCACAUGAUGUGCUAAAACUUUGUACAACUCCUGGCUUUGAAGUGGACUUAAAGCUUCAUAUUUUGGGAGAAGCAGCUCAUGCAUUUCAGAAGAUGCAUGAAAAUUUCAUUGAGGAAAACGAUCCCCAGGUCCUCCUGGAGAAACGGAAACCUCAAUAUUUCUCUGUUUUCAGAGAUCUUUAUUUGGAAAAAGAUGCCCAACAAAUCAUAGCUAGGGAUUUCUGUGACUGGUGCCUCCAUCCUGCCCUAGUGGAUUACAUGAACAAACGGCUUGGGACAGAAAUAGUGGAUAACAUUCUUAAGCGUGCACAGUCCAUUGCAUAUUCCAGUCAGAGCUUCUUCCAGUUUACUGUCCUGAAAGACUUGCUUGAAGCAAGGAAUUUUGACCAAUAUGUGAAAUAUAUCACAGCAUAUGAAGAGUUUGUCAAGAGCUGGAUAGGGAAACAAAUAUUAAAUCACUAUACAGAAAAGGAGGACCUCCAGAAUUUGGAGGAAAAAAUUCUGUCAGCGAUAUUAGAGGAAAUAGGGGCAACACUGGUGAAGUUGAAGCAUCAAGAUACUGGGACAGUCUCUGAGUUUUUGAACCUCUUUUGCAAAGAAAUGCAGAAGAAGUUGGUCAUUUCAACAGACAAUCUAGUGAGGAUUCAGUUUAAGGACAUGCCUGAUCCUGGCCAAGUUUCUGUUUGUGUUGAAACCCUCCUUCCUGAUUUGAAAAAAGAAAUACUUUCUGCAUUUGAUAGCCUGGAUCUUGAAUCCAAGCUCUCCCAACUGCCAGUGAAGCUCCAGGAUGAGAUCUUCAAGCGAGAGUUUGGCUGUGGGCAGCAGUGCCCCUUCUGCAAAGUCCCCUGUGAGGCUGGAGGGAGCGCUCACAAGGAGCAUUUUGCAGCAGUCCAUCGACCUCAAGGGCUGGGAGGAUACAAACACCCAGAAACAAAAAAUCUUUUUUAUGGCCUAUGUUCUUCUUAUGUGGCUUCCAAAAUGAGUUUUGAAUCUGUGGACACAAAAUGGAAACGCCAUCCCUAUAUGGACUACCAUGCCUAUUAUUCAGACUGGAGCAUCCAACCAGAUCCCAGUACCAAUGCUUCCGAUUACUGGAAGUUCAUUUUUAAAGAGUUCAAUCAUGAUUUUGCCAAGCAUUAUCAUGCCAAGCCAGCAGAUCUGCCAGAGGACUGGAAAAUGAUAACCAGAGAACAUGCACUGAAGGCCUUGAAGGAAAUCUAUAAUAUGGACUAAGCACCACUCCGUUGAAGAAGAACACAGGAAGUUCCAAACAAAGCCUGACAUUCAUGAAGUGUAUCCAGAUUCUUGAAAACUAUGUGAUUUGUCUUUGAACCUCUAAGAUGCUGCCUGCAGUUGCCAGACAUGAUUUACUUACAUACACUCUGGCAAGAUUGUCUACUGAGGAUAGUGAAAUAAUCAAACGUACUAUAUAUCCCUGAAUCCAAGACUGCCCUGUUCCUUAAAGUCGGGGGGUUGUCUUAAAUUAAGAGUCUUCUUCCUUUCAGAUAAAUACAGGUAUAGCCUGUAUUUAACCUCUGUUUUAAGGGGGUUAUCUUAAAUGUGAAGUCAUGUUCUAUUUGGAUAUUUCUUAUUCAGAUGGAAUAAACUGAAGAUUCUUUGCUCCAAAUGUAUGAUUAACCAUCAGCACCCACAUUUAUUUAUUUGUUUGUUUUAUUUAGUACAUUUGUAUUACUAUAUAUUUAUUAUAUUGUAUAUUUGUACACUGCCCCAAACCUGCGUCUUUGGGUGGUUUACAACAAAUUAAAAAAGCAAUUAAAAUACUCACUUCUA